AUGGUCGCCAAAGCCAUUUCCAUAGGCUCUUCAACUCUGAGUUACAUUCAGAAUUCUGUGCUCCAUGAGGCAGAUGUGUUUGUACGCUCUACCUGGCGUGACUGGCUAGCAUCCGUUAUUCCUGGAAUCAUUUUUUUCCUCGGUUCCCUGACAUAUUUAUCUUUCGAAGGGAUUAUCUUCAAUUCAACCAUAACCGUUCUAUAUAUGACGCUUUAUAUAUACUUCUUCAAUACAUGGACACAAUAUACGAGCGUCGACGAAGAUCGAAUCAACAAGCCAGAUCGACCCAUCCCAGCCGGCAUUACUACUACAGCUGGCGCUAAACGCCGUGGGAUGGUACUGACUGCACUCUGGUUUGGCUUUGCAGUUUACCGCCCCGACUUGAUUGUAGAGACGUGGAUCCUAGUCGUCGCCACAAUAACCCUGGGGUUGAGUGGUUUCGGACGGCAUUGGUUCGUCAAGAAUACUAUCUGCAUGACGGUUAUGACUUGGGGUUUGUUAUCCUCACUACGGAAGCUCAUGGGUGCCUCCCCACCCAAUACCUCUAAUCACGUAUUUUCUCUGUCACUUUGGUCGGGGUUCGUCCUUUAUGCCCAGGAUUUCCGAGAUAUUGACGGCGAUAUGGAGACUGGACGCUGGACACUUCCAAUUGCUCUUGGUGAUGGCAAUGCUAGACUCCUAUUUGCCUUUUUCUGUAUGCCACUGGGUUAUAUGUCUUUGUGGUAUACUGGCAUGGCUCAAUUAGCACCCUGGACUCUUGCUGGGCUGCAUGCGCUUGUCUCGUUCCGGUUUAUGACCUUGCGGAACAAGCCAGCGGAUCAUGCUUCUUACAUGUGGAUUUGCAAGAUUUUCUGCAUAAUGUGUGGGCUUAGCUCAUUGGAAGCUGCGAAGCUGAUCUCUUCCGAUCGCCCACUAGAGGUGGCCGUGCCUUGUCUGCUCCUGGAUAGGGAUUGA